AUGAAAUCUCUUAAUGAUUGUGUUCAAGAAUUUAUCGAUCAACAUUCAUCAACACUUUUUCCUACAGAUUCUACAAUAGAUAUACAUCGUCCUCGAUUAAAUAGAUUUUCUUCAUCGCACAUUGAUAUUGAAGAUGAAGAUCCAAAUCUUUUUGUUAUAACUCCUCCAAUUGAAUAUUUUCUUCAUGUUUCAUCUCGACUUUGUCGUGAACAAUUUUUCAAAUUAAUACGUCCUGGUCAUCUUCUUAUUUGUAAUGUUCUAACGGCUAGUUCACGUGAUAUGCUUGUACGUAUUUUAUGUUUCGAUGAUGGACAUCGACGAGCAUUACAUGAUCUUAAACUUACUGCAACUUGUUUAUUGAACACAUCAAGUAAUAAAAAUUAUAAUCAUCAUAAAAAAAAUCGAUAUGAUCGAGGUAAAGAAGAAGUAAGUGAUGAAGAUAAUGAUGAUGGAGAAUAUCAAAGUGGUGAUUUUAUACGAGCAUGUGUAAAUCAUAUUGAUUUAACUAAAGAAGAACUUCAAUUAACAAUUGAUCCAUCUACAAAUCAAUGGUCUCAAUCUACAAAAAAACUAGGUCUUAUCAAUGAAGAUGAUUUACCAACACAUUAUAUUUUAUUACGUCGACAAGAAGAACAAAGUCAAUCUUAUGAAGAUAUACUUCAAACAUCAAAAGCAUUGAAUAAUCGUGCUUGUGUUCAAACACUUUAUCAACAAUUGAAAAAACGAUUUGAACAUUUUCCUUCAGAAAAUAAUAAUAAUACUGGUACUCGAUCAUCUAAUGAUAUAUUACAUAUGUCAUUAAUUAAUUCAUUUAAACGAAAACAAAUUUCAUCAGAUGAAUAUUUUGAUAAACUACGUCAUAAACAAGAUCAUGAAUGGGCAAUUGAAAGUGUUGCUGCCGGAGUACGAUUAAUGAAAGAGAAUGAUUCAAGUUCAGCUGUACUUCAUUUUAAUAAAGCUUUAGCAACAGAUCCAAAAUGUGUUGAUGCAUUUGUAGCACGCGGUGCAUUAUCAGCAAAUCAAGGACAUUAUAAACGAGCUAUGCAAGACUUUGAAGAAGCUUUAAAAAUUGAUCAUAAACAUUCAAAUGCAUCAAAAUAUUUACACGAUGUAUUGAAUAAUAUAGCUAAUGAUACGGAUGAUUAUGAUGAUGCAAUUCAUUAUCUUGAAAAAGCAUUGAAAUAUAAACCAGAUGAUAAUGAAACAAAACGAAAAUUAGAUAUGUUACGAACAAAAAAAAAAGAAGCAACACGAAAAUUGGAAUAUGGACCAAGUAUACCAUCGAAUCUACAGUCGAAUUUCAAAGAAAGACGAUCGGCAAGAUCUCCAAAAAGACGAAGAUCAUCAUUAAAAGGUAUCAGCAGCAGCAGUAGUAGUAGUAGUAGUCGAACAAGUUCUUCAUCAUCAUCAUCAAGUACUUCUUCUACAAGUAAUUCUUUAACAACAAUUUCAUCAUCAUCAUCAACAUCGCAUACAAAUGAAAAGAAAAAAUCGAAGUCAAUACCUGUGAUUGAUAUUACUGAAAAUGAUGUAUCGACUACUACUCAAAAAAAUUCUAUGCCUGUAUCAUCUCAAGAGAAUAGUUCAAAAGGAAAACAAUCAAUUAUCAAUGAAAAUAAUAAGAAUGGAAAUAGUCUUGUACGUGAAAGUAUUGUUUCAACACUGGAUCGAUCUCAUUCCAAUGAUCAUUCAUCAAAAGCAAAUCAAUCGUUCUUACAACGAAAAACAUUACCAUCAACUGUUGCAUCUUCCUCAAUAAGUCAAGAACAACAACAACAUAGAGUUUCAUCAUCAGCAAAGAAAAAUACAUCUCUUGUUAUUGAUCGAGAAGCUGAAGAUAUUGAAAAACUUUAUAUGCAACUUAAAGCUAAACAGUCAAUGGAAAAACGAAGAAAAUAA